AGUGUAAUCCUUGCCUAUAACCACUUACUGAAACCUCCCACCAGCCGGUGAUACAGUAUGGCUGAGCGUAAAGUCCUCAACAAGUAUUUCCCGCCGGACUUCGACCCGGACCUCAUUCCCAGGCGAAGAGGGCCCAAGAACUCUCAACAAGUCGUUCGUCUCAUGGCACCUUUCUCCAUGCGAUGCAACACAUGCGGCGAGUAUAUCUACAAAGGGAAGAAGUUCAACGCAAGGAAGGAGACAGUGGACGGGGAGGAUUACUACGGUAUCAAGAUCUUUCGUUUCUAUAUCAAAUGCACUCUCUGCUCUGCGGAGAUCACUUUUAAAACGGAUCCCAAGAACACCGACUAUACGGCAGAACACGGCGCCUCCAGGAAUUUCGAGCCAUGGAGAGAAGAGGCUGAAGGAGAGGAGAUCGACCGUCUCGCCAAACUUGAAGAGGAGGAGAACAACCCUAUGAAAGUGCUGGAGAACCGAACGACCGAUUCGAAGAGGGAAAUGGACAUCCUCGAUGCGUUGCAGGAUAUCCGAGCACGAAAUGCACGCAAUGAGCGCAUGGGGAACACGUCCACCGUGGAUCUUCUCGCUCGGAUAGACGUCGAAGAACUCGAGAACGAAGAGGUUCUGGAGAAGAAACGGAUUGAGGAGGAGGACGAGAAAGCGGUGCGGGAAGUCUUCGCCAGGAUACCCGUCGCUGGCAGCUCGAAGCUACCGAUCGAACAAGACAAUACGGAGGAAGCGCCCGCACCGACGAUCACUGUCAAGCGCAAAGCUGAUGACAUCGAGCCGUCCCUGCAUAGCUUGCUUCCAGACUCGGCGCGAACGUUAAUCGCCUCGAAAGCGGCAGCAGUGCAUGCAGCCAAGAAGCCCAAAGUCGAGGUCAAGAAGAAAUCGUUAGGCAUCAUCGUUAAGAAGAGCAAGCCCAAAGUAGCUGUUUAAGCAAUGGUGUCGUUGACUUACGUUUCCCACAUUUCCCAUGCGUGCGCUGAUACCAAAUGCUUCCGUGCUUGUGCUUCGACACAGGUCUAUGCACACUGGGUAAUCACGCGACUGACGCGUCAUGACAAGCGCGCUUGGCUGCACAAUGAUUUCAGUCACCGUCUGGUUCGAAGGCCAACGAUGUAGAUCUUGAUUUGUAUAGCUGUUUGUAGUACAGGAAAGAUUUGGAAUGUACGAGGAACCUUCCAGCAAAUUUCAGUUGUCCUGUGUUUGUGACAUUCGCGAACUUGCUUCUGACUUUCAUUCUCCUUGGUUUCUGAGCCUUUUCCCUUCGAUGUCUGUCCCUGCGCCUCUCCCUUCUUCGACUGCCAAUUGGCACUGGAAAAACAAAAAUGUGACGCGUUGGGGCAAGGAGUGGUUUGAAAGCGAAUUGACCACCAUCAACAUUGCUGGCAAAGGCUCUCAAGUCGUUUCCAUCUCCAGUGUGACCGAUUUCGACGGGGAUGUCGAACUUGGACAGAGAAAAUCAAAAUUGAUCACUAUUUUUGACUGCAAGGUGGUUUGCGAAUGGGCAGGAACUACUGAGGAUGGGACCGAAGUGAAAGGGACCGUCACAAUUCCUGAGGUUUCUCAUGAGAUCGUCGUGGACAGGCUGUCCGACUACGUGUACAACUGGACCUUGACCACGCCAUCUUCUCCUGCAGUCGACUCCGUGUUUGCCUUGGCCAAAUCUCGGUUGCCCUCUGCCCUCGAGUCGAAGUUUUCUGAAUUCGUCGUUGUUCUGGUCGACACGCACGGCAAGGACCUGACAGUCAGCGCGGAUCCCAGCCGGAGUGCAACACCGCUUGCUUCCUCUGGUUCUGGUUCUGCUCCUGCUAAAUCUGCUGUGCCAGCUGCUGCCCCAGCGCCGAAACCUGUUGAAAAGAAGAGCAAGAUCAACACAACCAAAAUCAAUCUGGAGUCGACGUUCAUGGCCGCCGCGGACGAUCUGUUCAGUCUGUUGACGGAUCAGAAUCGUAUCCCGACGUGGACUCGUGCUCCUGCGGUGUCUGCUGCCAAGGCGGACACGGAAUACUCUCUAUUCGGUGGUGGGGUCAAGGGCAAAUAUGUUUCACUGACUGCUCCAUCUGAGAUUGUGCAAACUUGGGCGCUCGCCAGUCCCUCGUGGCCGACAGGUCACUUUGCGACACUCACCACAAGUUUGAAGCAAGGAUCGGACUCGACGACAGUGACAUUCGAGCUGGAUGGGGUCCCCACAGGCAUGUCCGAGGAGAUCAAACACAAUCUCGAGGGAUACUACAUUCAGGGUUUCAAGUCCAUUGGGUUGGGCAGCUCCCUUUGAUGAGGCGAACGGUUCUAGAAGAAUGAUAGCGGGGAUAUAAUGCAGAGAGAAGAGAAUGUAUAGAUGUAUAAACAUUGUGUUGACAAGAAUUUCUGAGCAUGGGAGAAUGCGUAAAGGUGCCGAGAGCUCUGAGCUG